AUGAUCACAAAGCUUCGUAUGGGCAUUGGACACAGCCGAGAUUACAUGAGAAGAGUACGCAUUGUGACAUACCUGGCCCACGAGAUUCCUCCACUCGGUAAUCUUCAGCCAUUUGCGACGGUCCAUCCAUCGCUUCCAACGUCAUCGCGCCAAAUGUCUGUGGGUUUCUUCAGGAGAUAUGGGUUGGCAACGAACCAGGGCCCCUGCAUCGUUCUGUUGAGGAAGAGUCAGCCUUGCCUGCCACUGGGCUUGUGCAGUGAGGAGUUGGCUGGGCCUUUGAGCAAUGAUGUGGUGUUGAAGGAAGUCAAUGCUAGGGGUCCCAAACGAUAUGAGAUGGGAAUUGUUGUAUGGAGAGGGGUUGCUUGCCUGGCGUGGACAGGACUUGGAAGGAACGAUGCAGGCUGA